AUGAUAAAGUUGGGCGUCUCUGACGAUGAAUUUGAUUGCAUGGUUGAACGUUUACGACAAUAUAGGGUUAGUGAUUUUUUGUUUGAUUUUUAUUUGUUGAUGGUGAGCGAGCGGAUUGUCAAAUACUGUCACGAGGUUCAAAAAAAAGAUGAGACUAUGGAAUUUGAAAGGGUUGAGUGUGACAUUCGGUAUUUAAAUAGUCGUGAGACUCGUGAUAUGGUUUCAUGGACUUCUCAAUACAGAAUUGAAAAGGAAGUGGUCGAUAGGAAACUUGAUUUGUUUAGAGAACAAAAACAGAACAAGGUAGGUGAACGUGAGACCUUCAUAAAGGGUGUUCAAAAAAAAAUUGAUGUUCGAAAUGUUGAAUAUGAAAGACAAGUUGAUGGAAUAAAAAAUGAUUUUUAUAAUUAUUGUAAGGAUAAACAUGUUACUUAUGGGAUUCUUGAACAUAUUGAUACAAAAAAAAUAUUGGAUUCGCGAUCUACGUUGGGGGGGAGUAAUAAUAUAUUCAUGAAAAUGAUUUUUGAUGUGGGGUAUAUUAUCCUCUCAACUUUGUCAUAUGUUUAUCCAGUGGCGGGUGGCAUAUCGUUGGUUAUUAUGGGUCUUACUCGAUUGUUGACCCAAUUUGUGGAUACAACAAAGUAUCCACCAGAUUAUGUUAUUGGUUAUAAUAAAAGUUAUUAUAUGUAUGAAACGUCCGAUGAUCCAAUGAUGGGUCGGAUUUCUAGACCUAUUCGGAGUGAGAUUUACCCGUUGCGUUUUAGUUUGUCGGAAUCAGAAGAACAGGUAAAAAUAUGUGCGGAAAGACUUGAAAAUUGUGCUUCGGAAUUUAAAAAGUGGGAAACAGAAUGUACUGAGGAAACUAAUAGUGAAUGGGGAAGAAUCGGAGGUGCCAUUCAAAAUCUUGAUGUUGAUAUUUCGUAUACCCAUACCAUUCAAAACGAAUUGGCUAAGGGUGAGGUUUAUUAUGCGCAAUAUGUGUUGGGUGGAUUGGAUUUAUUGCUGAAUAUGUCCUGUACUGAGGUUCUCCAUUUUGAAAAUAAAAAAAAGGAUUUAGAGGUCAAGCAUAAUAUUUCGGAUGCGGAGCGUGUUUGUUUAAAUGAUAAGUAUAGAACUUUGAUUCGUGAUUAUAAAGUGAGUGAUCCACAAUUGGGAAGUGGUGUGGAAAAUGAUUCUAUUAUUGAACGUGUUGCGAAUGGGUAUUUAGAUGAAAAAAAAAUGCGACAGAAUGAUUUGGAUGAUAGAUUAUAUUUGAAUGAUAAGGUCCGGAUAGAAUUAUUGCAAAAUAUAUCUGAGAUGCGUCUUCAUAUUGAAGAAAUAAAUGGUGAUCGCGUGGCCUGUAUAUAUAAUUGUUUACUUUUAAAGGAUGAGGAAUCGAAAGAAACGAAUAAGUUGUUCGUUAUACAGAAACUCAAAUACUUAUUUCGACGGUUGCAAUCUAAUAUUUGCACCGUGUGUGAUUAG